UUGCCGAACCACUAAAUUACGGGGACGUAAAUACACCAGCAUCGGUUGUCAAGCGAUGUUGGGGGGGACAAACACACACACUCACACAUAUAUAUAUAUAUAUAUAUAUAUACGACAGUUUUCACUCACAAGGCUUUGGUCGGCCUGAGGCUAUAGUAGACACUUGCCCAAGGUGCCACGCAGUGGGACUGAACCCGGAACCAUGUGGUUGGUAAGCAAGCUACUUACCACACAGCCACUCCUAUGCCUUCCAUAUUUUGUCUUAUUUAUUGCAACCCAUGUCAGUUCUUUCCUUACAUUAAAUCAUCCUUACUUUCUGGGAUAUUACAGCCUCAUUGUCAUCAUUUAAUUUCCUGUUUUCCAUACUGGAAUAUGUUGGACAGUCUGACAGGAGCUAGAAAGCCGUACCAGGCUCCAGUUGUCUCUUUUGGCAUUGCUUUCUAUGACUGGAUGCCCUUAAUACCAGCCACUUUACAGAGUGGACUUGGCACUUUUUAUAUGGUACCAGCAUAAAAUUGCACCACCUGAUUAAUGAUUGGACCAGUUAAGGAUUUUAGUUGAUAAUCACCAUAGAUUCCAUCUGUUACAAUCUCUGUUUUGCUAGUAUUAAGAUGUAAACCCAACUAGAUUUGCUGCAUGUUCAACACAAUGUAAUUCAUUUUCAGCAGCUAACUGCCAUCAUUCAUUGAUCAGUGCAUGGUCAUCAGCAUAAGCCAAAUUCUUUAUUUGUAUCUGUGUGUGUGUGUUUGAAGCUGAAGGGUUUUUAUAUAGAUAUAUACAUACAAACAUUGAAUCAUGACUGAUGGAAGAACUCGAUACGAAUGUAAAUUCUAAUAACUAUAACUUCAUUGCCAACGAUACCAAACUUUCACUGGGUAUGUAGCUUAUUCAUAGGAUUGAACAAAACAGACAUGCCCAGCAAAACUUCAAAAUUACAGUCGUCCCAAAUAUAUGCCGUGGAAGAAAACAGAAUCCUGAUGUUGUUCAUCAAUAAUCUAUUCUUUUACAUGGCAAUCAUUCAGAUUUUAUGAAUAAAUAUUUUGUCAAUAUGGACCCACCCACUAGUUUCUGACUUAAAAUUCAAUUCGUGGAGAUUGUGAUGUGUAUGCUUCUUUCAAGGAUAUUUAUAAUGGAAGUAAUAUAGCUAAGACUCAACAGUGAAAUGCUGGUUACAAGGACACUCUGGGAGUUCAUCACACACCCUCAAUGUUAGUACAAUGAAUGAGCUAGGUAGAUACAUUGACACUAAUAUACGACUAAAAUUGUUACUUGCAUGAACCCCAGAAUGGGAUUAAGAGUGAAGUUGACUGCAAUAGUAAGGAUAAAACAGAAACAGUUUCUGUCUACCAAAUCCACAGUGGAAUUGGCAGAUGGAAACUAAAAGAACACUAGUGUUUGGUUUUGUGCCAGUGAGAAACACCAGUGAUGCUAUAUUUCUGGUAAAGCAGCAGCAGGAGAAAUACCUAGCCAAAACUAAACACCUGUACUUGGCGAAAGUUUUGAAAGGGUUCCCUUAUCGAGUGGUCAAUGCGGAAACUGGGAAGAUACAAGUGACUGGUUAGAGCUGUAUAGGGACGCUAUCAGUAAGGUGAGGGUUGGCAAUGAGUACAGUGAAGAAUUCAGGGUAGACAUAGGGGCUCAGCUCCAUCUUGUUCAUCAUAGUCCUCCAGGAAAUAACAGGAAUUUGAGACAGGCUGGGAGCUCCUUUAUGCUAAUGACCUUGCUCUUAUAGCUAGCUGAUUCUCUACCAGAACUAGAGACGGUCCAGGUAUGGAAGCAAGGUCUAGAAUCGAAGGGCCUUAGAGUUAACCUGACAAAAACCACUCUUAGUAAGUAGGAAGGCAGACAAAUCACAAAUUCCUUCAGGUAGAUAGCCCUGCUCAAUCUGUAGAAGAGGUGCAGGUAGAAACUCCAUAAGAUGCACCUAGUGUAAGCUUUGAACACAUAAAAGGUGCAGCAAUAUCAGAGGGAGGUUAACAGGAAAAAUAGCUUUUGUACAAUAAACACCAAAAAUGUACAGAAAAUAGACACCAUCAUCUGCCAGGGGUGUAAGCUAGUAGUAGAUAGCUUCCGUUGUCUAGGCGAUCAAGUUAGUAGUGGAGGUGGAUGCUCUGAUAGCAUAGCUGUGAGAAUAAGAUUAGGCUGGGCAAAGUUCAGAAAUCUACCUUUGCUUAGAACAAGGGGCAUCUCCCCCAGAGUGAAAGGCGGAUUGUAUGAUGCCUGUGUGUGAACUGCUGUGCUACCUAGCAGUGAAACAUGGGCUAUGACAACCGAGGACAUGCAUACGCUUGAAAGAAAUGAAGCUAGUAUACUUUGCUGGAUGUGCAAUGUCAGUGCAUGUUUGACAGCAUCUUGGGAGAAAAAUUAGGCAUAAGAGGUAUCAGAUGUGUGCAAGAGAGAGAACUGUGCUUGUAUGGGUGAGGAUAGAUAUAUAUAUAUAUAUAGGGAAAAUUCACAAAAAAACAACAGAUGAAGACAGGUAGUAUAGAAAACAAACAGAUGUAUUAGUGUAACAGAAAGGAACACCGAAAGAAACAAAGAGAGAAACAUGACAGGCUCUUUUCAGUUUCCAUCUACCAUGUGACUGAGAAGCAAGCUUCUUAACCACACAGUCAUGCCUGCACCUAUAUAUAUAUAUAUAUUACAGUUAAGUUGAAAUGUGAUAUGGGGAAGUGCACCAUUGGCAAAACAUUUGUGGAGUAAAUGAUGGUACAAUUGACUAAGCGAUAUGUUAUGCAUCUAUUUGGAGGAGUCCAGGCCAUAACCUCUCAUGACAAAAAGUGGGGGUGGGGGGUAUGUGAUUUUUGAAUGAACCAAAAAGCUCUUGGUAGUUUUUGUGGCUGUCAGACACUGAUUUAGAGCUGAAAGCAAUGUAAAAAAAAUCUGGCACUCUAUCGGUUAUGAUGAAGGGUUCCAGUUGAUUUGAUUAACGGCACAGCUUGCUUGUGAAAUUGACAUACAGAUGGCUGAGUGCUCCACAGACACACAUACCUUUCAUGUUCUCAGAGAAAUCCCGCAUGGCACAGAAUGUGACAAAGGUGGCCAUUUCCAAUUACAGGUACAACUCAUUUUCACCAGCUGAAUGGACUGGAGCAACGUGAAAUAAAGUGUCUUGCUGAAGGACACAAUACACUGCAGGGAAUUGAACACACGACCUUAGAAUCAUGAGCCAAAUACCUCAACCACGAAGCCAUGCGCCUUCACCAAAGUAAGGUAAAUGAAUGCUGCGAAGUAUUUCAUUCACUGCUCUUAUCUUUGGCUCUAUGUUGAGUUCUGAGAACUGAUCUAUCAGCAUGAAGAAUGUCUAAACACAACUUUUGAAAGUAUUGUGUUAUUACUUCAAGAACUAUAACAUAGGUGCAAAUUAGAACCCUGUUUGGUGCAUUUAUGGUCAUUAAAUUCGUGACUAUAUUGACUUCCCACUAAAGUAAUCUUAUAUAAGAACCUUUUGUUGUGUUACAAGCACAAAAUUAGUAUCGUUUUCAAAUUUUAGUGCAAAGCCAGCAAUUUCGGAGGAAUCAAAUUUGCUGACGUGGCCGCUUGACUGGCAUCCGUGCCAGUGGAAUGUUAAAAGCAUCAUCCGAGCGUGAUCGCUGCCUUUUAUGCCCCAAAAUAUGACACACAUGAAUGGAUUUGUUACUUGUGUGAUUAUUAUUAGAUCAAAACCAUUACGGCUAUAUCCACAAAUACAGGUAAAUAUUUCAGUCCAAGUUUGAGGUGUAUGAGAUUCCUGAAUGGAAAGGUUUAGUCAGCCUGAGGUGAUGAUAGAAGAUAUUAUAAUCUCAAGAUACCCUGCAGUGGAAUUGAACCUUGCAAAUGGUGAAGUUUGCCAACAUUUUGUGACAACUCUGAGCUUUCAAAGAUGUCUGCUAACUGAGCUUUUGAAGAUAUGUAGAAUAAUGAUAAAUUUCUUACUUGAAAAAUUGGUGUGGGUUAGUGACAGGAAGGGUAUCCAACUGUAAAUACCUCAAUAUGUAUUCAUCUAACCCAUGCAAAAGAUGGAAAAACACUUCUGGCUCUGUAGUACAAAUGUCUUGUUUUCAAAAAUUCUGAAUUAAAAUCUUCCACCGAACCUUAGUCACAAUUUAUGUUCCUAACACAAGCUUAAUGAUAACUAAGUUAUUUUACUAAAUUCUUUGUUAUAUUCGAAAUUAAUUAAAAGAAACACAGAUCAUCUCAACAGAAAUACGCUAAUGAAAGGGUUAAACGAUGAUGUAUAUUAGUUGUUAUGUUCGCUCCUGUGCUGGUGGCACGUAAAAAGCACCCACUACACUCUCGGAGUGGUUGGCAUUAGGAAGGGCAUCCAGCUGUAGAAACAUUGCUAGAUCAGAUUGGAGCCUGGUGCAGCCUUCUGGCUUGCCAGACCUCAGUCAAACCGUCCAACCCAUGCCAGCAUAGAAAACAGACAUUAAACGAUGAUGAUGAUGCCAAAUAAUUGUGUGUGGAUGGAAGGAUAUAAAUAGGUAAAAAAAAAAUAAUACAAAAUUUGAGAGAGAGGCAAAGCUCACAAACAAAGUAUGGCAUGGAAUCGGACAAGUGUGAACACAUACCUGAAACGCAUAGAAAUAGAAGGCACAGGCAACGUCUUGUGACGGAAGUAUCUGGUGGGGCUGAAGAGAGGUCUAGCAGUUGGGAUGUGAUCUUGAAGCACUUCCAAAUCAAACAUGGGACUGCAAAUCUUGAUCCACAACCAUUUUAAAAAGACUAGAAUGCAAUCUCUGUGGAAUAUUUGUGCUACUAUAAAUGGAAAAGCAGACUAUUUAAACCAGUGGUUUUCCACCAUUUUUUUGCUUCUUGGACCCCUUUAUUUCCUAUUUUCCUCUACUGGCCCCUCAUGGCCAUUCAUUGUUUUUUUUUGUUUGUUUUUUAAAUCCUAUUAUAUUUUUAUAAUUAAAUAUUAUUAUGAAUUGUAUUUAAAAAGCUGCUUAUAUUUCUACAAUACACAAAAUAUUUUAUGGACCCCAGUUGGGAAAUAAAGGAUCAAUUUUAUUGAGUGGAUGCCAGAAGUGAGAGCCAAUGAUGACAAAACAGUUGAUUGGUCCCAUCUUCCAGAUGCAACUUCCAUUAAUAGCUGCAGAUUCAAAUUAACUGAAAAGACAAGUAACAUGGAUUUUAAUGGCUUAAAUUUAGAGAUGGCAGCUUUGCAAUGGUUUCUAUGGCUGGAUGCCCUUCCCAAUGCCAACUACCUUACAGUGUGUGCUGAGUAUUUUUUUUCAGGCCACCAGCACUAGUGAGGUUGCCAAGCCACUUGCAAGACAGAAAAAAAAAAAAAGCGCCUGCUACUAAAACGAGUUGGGGUAGUAAUUGAGACUGGAAAGUGGCUUCAUGCCAGGGGUUGAAAGGGUAUGAUAGAGGGACAAGCACUGGGAAGGAGAUAAAAGGUUGUGAUAAAGGGCCAGAGCAAAUUCUCAAGAUAUAAGGUGAGUAUAAUGGAGAACAUGGACAGUGAGUCGGUGGAGUGGAUACUAUCAUACGAGUGUGAGGGUAGAGGUGAAUGUAGUUAGCGUGGGGGUACACUUGAUAGAAAAUAUCAAUAUGGAGAGGGAUAAGGUGGGAGAGAGACAAGUUGUUCAAGGAGGAUAGAUUAGAAGUUAGGGGAAUGAAUGUUUAUAAUGAAUUAUGUCCUUGAUUUUGUUUCAGGUGAAGUACUGCCUGAUGGGCUCCAAUACUGGUGGCAUGUAAAAAGCACUCACUACUCUCUCAGAGUGGUUGACAUUAGGAAGGGCAUCCAGCUGUAGAAACCUUGCCAGAUCAGAUUGGAGCCUGGUGCAGCCUUCUGACUUGCCAGUCCUCAAUUAAACCGUCCAACCCAUGCUAGCAUGGAAAACAGACGUUAAUCGAUGAUGAUGAUUGACGGACCUCCAAGGGCAACAUGGACCCAGACUUAGAACCACUGUGUUAGAAUGACAGCAAUUCAAAACAGAUAAUGCAACAGUAGAAGUUUUAUGGUAGGGAUGAGAUUGUGUGAUGUCCAUGCCAUUCCAAAGGGCAUUAGUAAUGUGAAAGGUAGAGAGUUCAAUGAUACAAUGUGACCAGUUGUUGGUGUGGAUGGGAAAAGGCUUAUGUUGUGGGCCCUUACAUAAAAGAGGAGCUCUGAGUAAAACAACAUAACAUCAUUUUAACUUGUCUUCAGAUACCAAUCAAUGCACCCCUACCUUUCUCUUUUUGUAACAGUAGAUUACACUGUACAGCUGUAGUGGAAGUAGUGGUAGUAGGGAGAGGAGUAUCUGUGUAUGUGCAUAGAUAUGUAUAUAUGUAUGUGUGUGUGUGUGUAUAUAUAUCUGUACAUAUGCCUGACGUCUAUAUAUACACACACAUACAUAGAUAUCUGUGCAUAUGUCCAGAUGUGUGUGUGUGUGUAUAUAUAUAUAUAUAUAUAUAUAUAUAAACAAAUAGAUAUCUGUACAUACACAUACUCACAAAUAUGUAUUCUGCAUUUCAUAUUUAGGGAACUUAUCUCUUCAUCUUCAUCCAUCCUCUUUUAACUCCCACCUUUCCUUACGUCUCCCCCACCACUAUUAAAAAGAAAUGUCUGACUUAUCAGUUACCUGUUUAGUAGAUAAGUUGGUCGAGCCUAAUGUUGUUUAUAAUCAUUCAGGUGAGGUAGUGGAGUUCUUGCUUGUCUUGUCAUUUUUACUUUAGACACACACACAUCUAUCCAUACUACCACCACCAUCACGAACCAACCUGGAGCCUAUACAUGAUCACUUGACCAUCAGAAAUAGCAGUGAAAUCUCCCCUCAAAACAUACCCUACCACCUUAAGGAAAAAAAAAAAAACUACAUGGAAUAUCCUAAUUAUAACUAUGUCUACAAAGAGAAUGGGCAUGUUUGGAAUGUCUUUGACCACAUGUCUCCUUGAUCAGGACUGACCUUGGGCUAAACAAUCCCCCAUACAUACAUCCUCAUUUCCCCCUCUACACGUCUUGCCCCAUCCCAUCCCAUCACACGAUCUACCUACAAUAAUCUGCUCUUACAUUGAUAAAACCCACAAGAUGACCUUUUUCUGCUGCUGUAAUUACAACUUCCAGAAGAAGAACCAAAACACGAAUUACUUCUAACAAGACAUCCCAGUGGUUUAGAUACCAAGAUACCAUUUGGUUUCAUAUUUUAUCUGUUUAUUGUCUCUGGAGAAUUAAUACUCAUUAACAUUCAAUUACAAGAAUCCACACUGCUAGCAGAAUCAUCCUUCUCUCUUACACUUUUUACCCAGCAUCCAUUUACUUACUCAAUACAUCAGAUAUAUAUAUAUACACACACACACACACAUAAAUCUAGCUACAACACUAUCUCGCAUACAUAUAUAUAAACCAAUCUGGAUACAGCCCUCUUUCUCACAUACAUAUAUAUACCUAUAUCUACAUAUCUCCAUUUAGUUAUAUAUAAUAUAUCCAUCUAGCAACAUAUCUCUUAUUUCUCAUUUCUCUCUCAAUAUAUCUAUUUAUCUACCUACAUCUGUCCUUUUCCCUUCCACACACACACACACAUAUAUAAAAACCAUUUCAUACAUAUCUACUCCACUUUCACAUACCAAGCUUCCUACUACCAUAAUUCAGUAUUCAUUUACCUAGUACCUCUGCAUAUCUCCAUCUUUCUUUCACAUAAUAUAUAUAUAUAUAUAUAUAUAUAUAUUCGUUGGCUCAUAGUUCUUUAUUCUGUAAAAUGUCUCACUCAGUUACAAAGAAGAAUGAAACAGAAGCCAGGAGGGACAGUAAAGUAUCACGAGCCCACAUCAUAUGGAGAUGGUUUUUAAAAGGUCUAAAGACUUCCAUCAUGUUUUUCUUCUCUCAUGUUGGACUGACUGGUAGCGUGGUAGCCUACAACAUCUUUGGAGGAUGGAUCUUCAUGGAACUGGAAGCCCCACAUGAACGUGACCUGAGACAAGAGGUGAGCAGCAUACGCUCCAAAUACAGGGCUAUCUUGGCUAACGUGUCAACACAACAGGGGGCCAACAAUGACAGUUUGUCAAAUUCUGGAUAUAUAUAUGACAAUAUUGUCAAAUUUGAGGAAGAACUUGUUCGGUUUAUAGCCACAACAGAGUGGAAUGGUCUCGAUGAAGAGUUCGAAUUGCAGUGGUCCUAUACAGGCGCACUACUGUACUCCGUUACAGUUGUCACAACAAUAGGAUAUGGUCACAUUGCACCCAAAACCAUGUGGGGCCGCAUUGUUACAAUCAUCUAUGCCAUAUUUGGUAUCCCGUUGACCUUGCUAUGUCUGCGAACAAUUGGUUCUUUUAUGGCAGGAAUAUUCAAAUUCAUCUAUGAAAAUAUUUGCUACCAACUUUAUAAGCAAUGGCAACGUUUAAGGAUUUAUAUCCUCAAAACUAAACGAAAGCAAACACUGCGAUUUCUUCAAGCAAAGAUGGUCCUGGAGGAAUUGAUUGAAAAAAGCAAUGAAUUAUUGAAAUCAACAGAUGAUAGUGACAGUUCCCAAAGCAGUUCUGAAGACGACUUGAAAAAUUCUAUCAACAAAGAAUUACACCAGAGAGAAAUAAAGAAAGGUCGCCAAAGAAUUCUGAAAUGGAAAUCUCGUAAAAAUAUCAGGAAGAAACUCAGGUUAUCAAAGCAAGUUUCGGUACAGCAGCAACCAAACCAAGAAACAAAUGAUUGUGACACGACUCAGAGAAUUGCAGAAGAUUCUUGUAAAAUAACAAUGUCACCUCAAAGUAGUAAGACAGCAUUUGUUGAAGAAAAUGAUAUUCUAUUCCAAGAAAAACCAGAAGGCCAUGAUGGCAUCAAGCUUCGCCCACGAGGUUCACAUCAUGAAAUCCGUGUCCCCGUGUAUAUAACCCUUCUUGUUAUUGCAGGUUAUAUAUUUAUAGGGGCAGUGUUGUUUUCUCUGUGGGAAAAGAACUGGGAUUACCUAAUCGGUUCCUAUUUUUGUUUUGUUACUCUGAGUACAAUUGGGUUUGGAGAUUUCGUGCCGGGGUCAGAUGUCGAUUCAUGGUCAAGCGCUGAAAAACAGGCAAUAUGUACAAUUUAUCUUCUGUUUGGUUUGGCAAUGAUAGCCAUGAGUUUCAACUUGAUGCAGCAAGAGGUCAAACUGAAAUUUAUUGAUUUAGGCAAACGGAUUGGAUUGAUUGAUGAAAUAGCAAUUGCAAGCGUCAAUGGCGAUGAAGACGAAGAAGAGAACACACAUGAGUAGACAUAGAACAAGAACUUUCAAUGACAAGCUGAACAAGACCUUUUUUUUUUAAUAAAUAUAUAUUUAUUUCUCAAAGUAGACCACAAAUUUGAUCAAAUUUAUAAAUGAGUUGAAGGGUUUGUUUUACCUUAAAAGAAAUAUUGAAAUUCUUCAUGUAGUUGGACCUAAUAUUACUGAGUCAUGACUUAUUUAUAUAAUUAUUAAUUAUUAUUAUUACAAAAGAAAUAAUUAUACAAUAUAAAAUUAAAUUAUAUAAAAUGAAUCAUUAUU